AUGAGAUGGGGUCAUAAAGCUAAUCCGGAUAGGUGGUUCAUAAACUUACAACCUCAAUUCCAAGAAGUUGUAGACGCAAUGGAAGCGAAUGGUGAACGAGAUAUAGCUGGUAUUUUCAGCGCGGCUUUAAUGCCAUUGAAAGAUAUGAAACAUGCAGAUAUUUUGGACCAGUAUGAAAUGAACAUGGCUGAUGGAAAUAUAACACCUGACGUUCUAGAACAUUUAUCUCAAAGAACUACACAGAACCAUAGAGAUGGUAUAUUUGGUGAAGAGUUUAGAAAGAAAGUUAGGGAGAGCGAAGGAAGAGAACCUAUUGUACAUGACCUUGCAAACGAAAGUUUACAAAAUGUCAUAAAAACUUACUUUGCAGACAAUGAACUGAGAAGGGAUGAAUAUUUAAGAAAACUCAAAUGGACAGUACCAGAUGAAAUGUUAGUAUUGAAAAACAUGUUCCUUGACAAAAUAAAACCAACUACAGAAAUAAACGACGCAAGACUGAAAGAUUGGGUAGAAGCUUUCCCAUUCACAAAAGAUAUAGUUGGUAACAUGGAAAGAAAACCAGAAUGGCUACAAAAACAUAUAUUUGGAAACGAGCAUAUUCCAUAUGGACAGGCACUGUUUGAAGAGCUUGAACCGGAAACUCAGGAAAGAGUCAUGCAAACAAUACGCGAAGACUCAAAUACAGACUAUGACAAACUCUUUCUAGGAUAUAGGUUACCUGAGAUGGGCGACCAGAGCCAAAAGGCAAAAAGGACAUGGGAAAUUUGCAACAUACUAGAUGAACAUAAUGCAAAGAUGCAACAACUUCAAGCAGAGGGCAAUGAAGGAAAAAGAAGAGUUAAAAACUCAGUCAGGAAGAAAGUAAAGCUUGGUCCACGUGGGUUCUAUUAUGACAUAUAA